AUUAUGGGUCUUGUAGUCUAGCACCAGCCCUAAUACAACGCAUGCAUAUGUGAAUGGAACUACAUUAUCCACCAAACAGGAACGACAAAAUCACUUCGUCUGGAUGAGCUCACAAACCGAGUUCCCAAUCUGAGGAAUGACAUCCGAACAAGAGGAAAUCAUGGAGUUAUACGUUAAAUCAUGGGGAAUAAAUUUAUAAGAUUGAAUCUGAACUUUAAUAUUAAGAAUAGUGCAUCUAAUAAACUGCAUGCACUUCUUCAGAUUGAUGAGCAACUUCAUGGUUGAGAAUGAGGAACUAACGGACUCGGUCCGUUAUCGCCUGUAUUAGACUGUGCCGGAUGAUGGCAAACAUGUCCGGGGAGGAGGACGGGUGUCCCGAGGCGCAGCUGGUCACGGAGGCCGGGCCCAACUGGCUCCGCGCGGAGAUCGAGCGCCUGACGCGGGAGCUGAGCGAGACGAGCCGGGAGAAGAUCCAGGCGGCGGAGUACGGGCUCGUGGUGCUGGAGGAGAACCAGCAGCUGAAACAACGCUUUGAUGAUCUGGAGAACGCACAUGAGACCGCCAGACAAGAACUGGAUCAGCUCAGAGAGGCAUAUGGCCAGGUUCACUCCACCCGUAGAAAGGUGGCUGCAGACGGGGAAAGUAGGGAGGAGUCCCUCAUCCUCGAGUCGGCAUCUAAAGAGGCGUACUAUGAGCAGAGAGUGCAAGAACUGCAGGCUGACCUACGACAAACCAAAAACACUCUCACCAGCACCCAGGCGGAGAACGAAUGUCUGGGCACCCUCGCACUCGAGCUGAGAGAGAAUAAUGAAAUUGUGGAGCUGCAGCGCAGUCGUCUGCGUGAUGACAUUCGAGAGUACAAGAUCCGAGAGUCUCGUCUGCUGCAGGACUACACUGAACUGGAGGAGGAGAACAUCAGCCUUCAGAAACAAGUCUCCACCCUUAAACAGGGUCAGGUGGAGUUUGAGGGACUUAAGCAUGAGAAUCGACGCUUGGAAGAGGAAGUGCAGUACUUGAACAGCCAGCUAGAGGAUGCUGUUCGGUUACGAGAAAUAGCUGAGCGUCAGCUAACGGAGGCUCUAGAAACCGUAAAGACUGAGCGGGAGCAGAAAGCAGCUCUUCGAAAAGAAUUGACACAUCACAUGACCCUGGGAGACUCGCUCCUUGCCAGCUCAUUGGAUGGGCUCAAACUGAGUGCAGAUGAACCAAAUAACGACGAAGCCAUUCUGAUGUUUGAAAACGGAUUUGCUAAAGUCAGCGAUGCUAAUGAUGAAGAUAACAGAUUGUCUUCACCCAAAAGAGAUGGAAACUUCCGUCCCGCACCAAGUCUGGUGGAUGACUUGUUGACAGAGCUGAACAUCUCAGAAAUCCAGAAACUCAAGCAACAGCUCUUACAGGUGGAGCGGGAGAAGGUAGCUCUUCUCACCACUUUACAGGACUCUCAGAAGCAGCUAGAGCAUGCUCGAGGAACAUUAGCCGAACAGCAGGAAGCAAUGAUGAGACUUAGCGAUGAUUUGGGCGUAAUGAGGAGACUACAGGCAGGCAAGGAGCGGCAGUCGGCCCUGGACAGUGAGCGAGAGCGGGACAGUCGAGAGGACAAUGAUGUGGACUAUUAUGAGCUGGAUAUCAAUGGGCCAGAGAUUCUUCGCUGCAAGUAUGAGGUAGCCAUAGCAGAGGCAGGUGAACUGCGAGAGGAGCUUAAGACACUAAAAUCAGAGCAUGAUGAGAUGAAGGCCGAGUAUGAAGAGGUACGGGCACGACUGGAGGGACAGGUGCGUGACCUCAGCAUUCAAGUGUCUCAGCUGGAGAGCAGCAGUCGCACAGACAGAGAUCAAGUCACUCGGUUGGAAAAGGAGCUAAAGGAAGUGAGUGCAGUUGCGGGCGAGACAGAAGGCAGUCUCAGCGUUGCCCAGGAUGAGCUUGUUGCCUUUAGUGAAGAGCUUGCAAACCUCUACCACCAUGUCUGCAUGUGCAACAAUGAAACCCCGAAUCGUGUCAUGCUUGAUUUUUACAAAGAGGGUAAAGGAAUCAAGACCGAUGGUAAAGAUUGUCAGUCUACGUUGACCCAAACCAGUGGCAGCACAGCCGAGGCACCCAGGUCAACCUCCACCGCUGCUGACAGCUCUACUUCUGGGACACCAGUCAGAGAAGAUCCACGUCCUGAACCAAUGGACAUCUACAACCUAGUAGCAAUAAUUCGGGAUCAGAUACGCCACUUGCAGAAGGCGGUGGACCGUACCACAGAACUAUCCAGGCAAAGAAUUGCUUCUCUAGAGUUGGCCGCCGUGGCGGAUAAAGACCAAGCUGCUUGCAUGGAGGAGAUUUUGAAGCUCAAGUCCCUGCUGAGCACUAAGCGAGAACAGAUUGCCACGCUAAGGACUGUGCUCAAGGCCAACAAGCAGACAGCUGAGGUUGCCCUGGCAAACUUAAAGAGCAAAUAUGAGAAUGAAAAGGUCAUGGUCACCGAAACUAUGAUGAAGUUGAGGAACGAGCUGAAGGCUCUUAAAGAAGAUGCUGCCACUUUCUCCUCUCUCAGGGCAAUGUUUGCCACCAGGUGUGAUGAGUAUGUAACUCAAUUGGACGACAUGCAGAGGCAGCUGGCUGCAGCAGAAGAUGAGAAGAAGACUCUGAACUCCCUCCUGCGUAUGGCCAUCCAGCAGAAACUGGCCCUCACUCAGCGACUGGAGGAUCUGGAGUUUGACCAUGAGCAAUCCCGAAGAGGAUCCGGUGCUGGGCCUGGAGGCCGUGGGAAGACUUCAUCUAGCCGUGGCAGAGGACCCUUGUCGUUUUCCAGCCCCCAUGUAAGUCCUAGACUUCCCUGUAAGAACCGACCACAACCACACGGCCUCAUUGGAAGUCCUGCGGUUUUCUGCAGUGAGAAGUAUAAAAUUCUGUGUGACACUGGAUCCGAUUAACACGUGUGUAAUUGUCACUCAUCAGCAUCCUCAUGCUAACUAACAAUCCUUUUACUGUAUGUGUGCUUGGGACAAAACAAUGCUAGCAUGUCACUGUUUGUGCUAACAGUUGAUGGCUUCAUUAAUACUUGUCUAAAGGUCGGGGCCUAGUCCUUCUCCUGUAGAUCUACCUGGAGAGAUUGGAUGGGUUGGUAAUGGUACCUACUAGGGUUAUCACAAUCACUACAUUUUUUUAUUUAUUUUUUGUAAUAGGCAGACUCCAAUAUUUGGGUACCGAAGUGAAUCUCUUUAGUUUCGACAUUCGGCACUCGUGACAUUUGUACUACCUGCUGUUUUUUUGCUUUUUAAAGAAAGCAGUCUGGCGCCGACAUAUAGUGAUGUUGCGCUCCGGGCGUCCCGAGUUCGAGUUCCAGCUCGCAGGCCUUUCCCGAUCCCAUCCCCUCUUUCCCG